CUCGCCCCGCCCCGCCAGUUGCCCCGCCCCCGAGGUUGCCCCGCCCCUCGUCGCACCCGACGCCCCUCCGAUCCACGUCGGAAGCCGGGGGUCGCUUAUCAAGAUGGCGCGUGUGUUGGCUGGCACCGCAGUAGGGCUCUUUUCCAGACUUCAGACUCCAGUUCCAACAGUAAAAACUUUUUCCACGUCACAGUCCUCGCUUCAAGUGCCCGGUGCUAUCUGGAAUCUCGGUCAACUCAAUCAUGUAGCAGUGGCAGUGCCAGACCUGGAAAAGGCCAAGGCACUUUAUAAGGAUGUUCUGGGGGCCCAGGUAAGUGAGGCGGUCCCUCUUCCUGAGCAUGGAGUGUCCGUUGUUUUUGUCAACCUGGGAAAUACCAAGAUAGAGCUGCUUCAUCCAUUGGGAAGUGACAGUCCAGUUGCAGGUUUUCUGCAGAAGAACAAGGCUGGCGGAAUGCAUCAUGUCUGCAUUGAGGUGGAUAAUAUAAACGCGGCUAUGGCGGACUUGAAAGCAAAGAAGAUUCGUAUUCUAAGUGAAGAGGCCAAAAUAGGAGCACAUGGAAAACCAGUGAUUUUUCUCCAUCCUAAAGACUGUGGUGGAGUCCUUGUGGAAUUGGAGCAAGCUUGAUUUAUGUUUGCCAGAAACUGAAUUAAUUGACCUGAAAAAUGCCUUAUCAGAAUGUCAAAAUGUACUUUGGCGUUGAGUCCUUCACUGCUUCCAUCACUUAGAAGUUCAAAGUUGAAACUAAAUUACAGAAAGAAAUUUCUUAAAUUAUAUAUAUAUGUAUAUAUAUAUAUAUAUAUAUAUAUAUAUAAUUAUUUUGCAAAUGUUUUGUGUGUCUAUAUGUAUAUACAAUAUAUAUACAUAUAUUCAUCAAGUAUAUAGAAACACAUUUACUCCUUUCCUAGACUACACAUAUAUAUACACACACACAAAAUAUUUGCAGAUCACUUUGGAUUUUCUUCUUGAUUUGGAGAAAACUUUGAUAAAUACUUAGGGACUAUUAUUAAAUCAUAUCCUCUCAAUUAUAUGACUAUUAUUAAAAUCAUAUUCGUAGAAAUAAA